GGGCUGAUUAGAAAUGAGGUGGACCGGCCUGGUUGGGAUCCCUAGUUUUGCUUGACCGACCUUUGCUUAAAUAAAAAGGUUAGUCCACGUUUCGAACAUCCAAGGGUGAAGUGGAUUGACUUUGAUGGUCAUGAUUUUUUGAGAGAAAAAAAAAAAAAAAAGCGGCCAUAAGGUGACAUACCGGCGCCAUCACGCCCCCACUCCCUUGUCAGAAUAAGAGUUUUCCUCUGAUCCAUCUACCCCUCGCAAUUGGUCUUCACUUUAAUUAUAGAGAGUGAGUGAUAACCCAGAUCUCCAUCAUGGAAAACGCGGCUCAACUAAAUAGCAUUGCAUCCUUGGAAAAGAAAAGAAAGCUGCAAGAUUCACAGCUAGAGAUGCCUUCAGCAAAACAAGUUUGUCGAGAGAAGGUAGAAGGCGAAGAAUUUGCUAAAGGUGCAGAAUCAGAGCCCGAAUCUACAAACAGCAACAGCUUCCACAGCAACUCUGCAGACUUGUUCAUGUGCAGCGAUGAUGAAGAUAAAACUGAUGGCAAAUUUCACGAAUCAGGCGCAUCUGAUGAGCCCUCGACCUCAUCUGCUAGCUGGGCUGGCACCUCUUCCGGUGACAGCCUUUACUCCUCGGAGAAUAGGUCAUCUAUCAAUUCAAGCACUUCGGAACCAGAGUCGUCAUCUGUGAGCAAGCAUCAAGACUGCCCUGAUGAUCAGUGUAGGCAAUUCGCAGAAUUUGGAUGUGAUGGGCACGCGGAGAUCCAGCUAUACACGGAUAAGGAGCUUGAGGAUCUGCUCUACUCGAAUGGGGCAUCCCCCGGUGGUAGCUUUAUUCUUUCAUCUGGAAGGUGGUCUGUUGGUCAAGGAGCUAAGCAGGAGGGUAAGCAGAAGCUGACAAUUGAUAAGGAGUUUGAACAAUAUUUUUCUAUGCUUAUGCUGUAGCAAAAACUUAAUUAGGAUCUAUUACGAAGUUGGAGUAGUUUAAUAAUUUCUGCUAUAUGUAUAAAUUUGAGAUGGUCAUUGCAAGAAUCCAGCUUUCAAAUGCAUCAAGUGAUUGGUUCUUGCAAUGCAAAAUGUAAAUUAUUGAGCAAGUUAAUGAAUUAUUGUUUACAUUAA